UCUCCUAACACUCGACCAAUAUGAAUUUCAACAAUUGUCUGUAUAAUAUUGGGGAACAGCUGGACAGUGACGAGCUGGCCUCCCUCAAGUUCCUGAGCCUGGACUACAUCCCACAAAGGAAGCAGGAACCCAUCAAGGAUGCCUUGAUGUUAUUCCAGAGACUCCAGGAAAAGAGAAUGUUGGAGGAAAGCAACCUGUCCUUCUUGAAGGAGCUGCUUUUCCGAAUUAAUAGACUGGAUCUCCUGACCACCCAGCUGGACACCAGCAAGGAACAGAUGGAGAGGGAGCUCCAGUCACCAGGCAGGGCCCAGAUCUCUGCCUACAGGGUCAUGCUUUUUCAGAUUUCGGAAGAUGUCACCAAACUGGAAUUGAAGUCCUUUAAGUUUCUUUUGAGCCAGGAGAUCUCCAAAUGUAGACUGGAUGACGACAUGAACUUGCUUGAUAUUUUCAUAGAGAUGGAGAAGAGGGUCAUGCUGGGAGAGAGAAACUUGGACACCCUGAAAAAAAUCUGUGACCAAGUCAACAAGAGCCUGCUGAAGAAAAUCAACGAUUAUGAAGAAUUAAGCAGAGAGGAAAGAAUAAGCCUUGAAAGAAGUCCAGAUGAAUUUCCAAAUGGGGAGGGCUCGCUCGGGGGGCAGGAGAUGUCGGACUCUCCCGGACAGCAGGACAGUGAGACCCAGACAUCCGAAAAAGUUUACCGAAUGAAGAGCAAACCUCGAGGAUACUGUUUGAUCUUUAACAAUUAUGAUUUUAGCGUGGCACGGAAGGAAGUGCCCAAACUUAGCAGCAUUAAGGACAGGAAUGGAACAGAUUUGGAUGCAGAGGCUUUGAGCACGACCUUUAGUGAUCUUCAUUUUCAGAUAGUGCGUUACGAAGACUCCACAGCAAAGGAAAUCUGUGAGACUCUGAAAUCCUACCAAAGCAUGGACCACAAUGACAGAGACUGCUUCGUCUGCUGCAUCCUCUCCCAUGGAGACAAGGGCAUCGUCUAUGGCUCCGAUGGGCAGGAAGCUUCCAUCUACGAGCUAAUUUCUUACUUCACUGGUUCUAAGUGCCCUUCCCUUGCAGGCAAACCGAAAAUCUUUUUUAUUCAGGCUUGUCAAGGGGAUAACUACCAGAAAGGUAUAGCUGUUGAGACCGACUCGGAACAGAAGGAUGCCUAUUUAGAAAUGGACUUAUCCUUUCAGAAGAGAUAUAUCCCAGAUGAGGCUGACUUUCUGCUGGGGAUGGCCACUGUGAACAACUGUGUUUCCUACCGGAACCCAAUGGAAGGGACCUGGUAUAUCCAGUCACUUUGUCAGAGCCUGAGAGAAAGAUGUCCUAGGGGUGAAGAUAUUCUCACCAUCCUAACCAAUGUGAACUUUGAAGUGAGCAAUAAGGAUGACAAGAAAAAUAUGGGCAAACAGAUGCCACAACCUACUUUCACACUGAGGAAAAAACUCCUCUUCCCUCUUAAUUGAUGCUAUUGUUUAGUUGCAUAACACUAUGCUUAAUUUAUUAUUACUGUGAUGCUGCUAUUUUGCCUUUUUUUUU